GCUAAAUUAACAGCGAACGCAUUCAAAAAAUGGCGCUGCAUUGUUCGAUGGCAUUACCCACAAGUUCGUACAGUUUAACGUGUCCUACUUUUCAUUGAUCGUUAAUUUUCAUGGCUGGAAAAGGAUCAAAGGGGUUCGCUUUGUUCCAGAUCAAUAGUCAAGAUGUAUGGGAUGCAGACGAUCGCGAAUAUCUGAACAUAAUAUCACCCAAAGUUGUGCAAAAAACAGCACAAAAAGUUCUGGAUAUGCACAGACAAGAGUCGGCUAUCGCUGAAAAGCAGGAUGACAGACAAAGAAAUAUUGAAUCUCUUGAUAUUAAAAAUUCACUCGUACUCCCAUAUGACAAAUCCCCGAAACAUGCUCCUGGUAUGGGUGUGAGAUUGAGAGCAAGUCCUGAUGAUUUUCCUGUUGCUCAUCGAAAGCUGUUAGAUCAAGGUCGGACCCAACGUUUCAAUACGUGUAUAAACUCAAGUAUAACAGAUUUAGUUGUAUUACGUCAACUUUCUUGGUCUGGAAUUCCAGGAGAACUUCGACCAACAGUAUGGAAAUUGUUAUGUGAUUAUCUUCCAACUAGUCUUGAACGACGUGUCACUGUACUAGCGGAUAAACGUAAACAAUAUACACUUUUUGUUAGUCAGUAUUUUCAUUUACGUGAAAAUGUUAAACAUAAACCAAUGUUUCAUCAAAUUCAGAAAGAUUUAAACAGAAUGACAUUACUUUAUCGAAGGCCUGAAAUGGUUGCAAUGUUUGAACGAAUUCUAUUUGUCUGGUCUAUGCGACAUCCAGGAAUUGGUUAUGUACAAGGUAUCAAUGAUUUGUUAACUCCAUUCUUCAUUGUAUUUUUAUCAGAAUACACUCAUGUUGAUUUAGUACCUAGCUUGAACAAUGAAAAAUCAUCAGAUUUAAAUACAUCAGGUGAAUUAAGCCUACAUUCGGAUAUCACCUGUGAUCAAUUGAAUUCAGUUGAAGCUGAUGUAUUUUGGUGUACAUCACAUCUAUUAGAUACAAUACAAGAUAAUUAUACAUUUGCUCAACCUGGCCUACAAAAUAAUGUAAAGAUGUUGGCUAGUCUAAUUGAACGUAUUGAUACUAAAUUGUAUCAACAUUUUAUACAAAAUGAUGUUGAAUUUUUACAAUUUGCUUUUCGAUGGAUGAAUAAUUUAUUAAUACGUGAAUUACCAUUACGAUGUAUUAUACGUUUAUGGGAUACUUAUAUGUCAGAAAAUAGUGGAUUUUCAAAUUUUCACGUUUAUGUCUGCGCAGCAUUUCUAUUACAGUUUUCUAAUGAUCUUUGUCGUGAACAAGAUUUUCAAGGUAUUAUGCUAUUAUUACAACAUUUACCAACAUUUCAUUGGACUGAUGAAAAUAUUAAAUUGGUACUGGCUGAAGCGUUUCGUCUUCAUUCAUUAUUCAAUUCAGCUAUGCAUCAUUUAGAUUUUCGACGUCAUUCAGAUUUAGAUUAAAAUUAAUCAGUACUUCAAUUGUUGUAGCUUAUCCCAUCUUCUUUCUCUCUCUCUCUCUGCGUGUGUGUGUGUGUGUGUGUCUAGUUGUGUACAUUAUUAUCAAUGGAUUGAAGAUAAAUACACAAGUAUAUGUGUAUGUGUGUGUGUAUGUAAAAUAAAGAAAAGAAAAGUCUUUCUUACUUCCUCCUCCUGCUUUUUGUAGUCAUUUAACGGCUACUACUGUUACACUUUAUUUCCCAUCAACCAUCCAACUACUCUUUCGGUGUAGUCUUCGUCGUCGUCGUCGUCGUCGUAGUAGUAGUAGUAGUAGUAGUAGUAGUAGUAGUAGUACUCAUAAUAGUGAUAGUAAUAUCCAAAUCAACUACUUCCUUUUACUUCUGCUGCACAUUGGUUAUCUCUUUUGGUUUAUUGAUUAAUUUGGUUUGAUUUUGUAUGUAGUAAAGUACUUUUUUUUUCUCUCUCCCUUAUUUUCUCUUCAAAUGAUAACUGAAUCUCUUGUGUUACUGUUCAAUUGAACUUAUUUGAUAAUUUCAGUAUAAUCUAUUUGAUUUCAACUUGUAUUCAGUGUUAUAUAUCCAUGAAUAGUUUGAUUAGUCCUUCUUAAUCUUCAGUUUCAACACUGCAAAAAUACAAUUUAUCUCCUAACAAUACUAUAUUACAGUCAAUAAUAAUAAUAUUAUUAUUAUUAUUAUUAUUGAUACUGUUAUUUUACUAUUUACAUUCUUAAUAUUUGUUUACUUUUCCAUUGAAAGAUAUCUUUCCUGUGUAGUUAUUUGAAUGAAUGCCAACGCCAACGCCAACUAAUAGUUCACAUGUGUCUUUCAACUUCCUAUUACGCCCAUGAUAACAUGAUCUUCCUUAUGCCGUUAUAAUGUGCCUCUGUAUUUAUGAAUAUAUAUAUAUAUAUCUUAAUACUACCCCAUAAUAAUUACUCAGUUAGAAGAAAAGAAAGUAAUAAGUGUUUUGUAUGCAUUUUUUGUAGAAUAUUUUGUAUUAGAAUCCGUUACUUUGUGACCUUUCUCCUUAUGUGGGAAAAAGAAAUAUGAGCGCAUACAUUACCAGUCAUCAGUAUUUUAUCAAUAUUUCCUCUGUAUGAAUUAUGUUUUAUUUACAUGUUAUUAUAUUUUCAAGUGACCAGUUUCUACCUUUUAAGAAAUUGAUGAUGGUGAUGAUGAUGAUGAUGAUGAUGUAAUCUUCCAUUUGUUAAUAAUAUACUUAAAAUAUAAGUUUUUGAUUUUUGGAAA